UUUAAUUACACAGGGUGAAAAGUUUGAAUGGCCAGAACGAGUAACAUUUCGUAUUACUCAUAAUAUGGUAGAUGCAAUGGAAACUGGUGAACUUGAAGGAAUGUUGUCCAGUGCUUGUGAAAUAACUAAUCGCGUUAUGCGAUAUCUUACUGAACAGUUGAUUAGUGUACUUAAACCAUUUUUAUACGAUCCUUUAGUCAUGUGGAUUGGUCGUGACACAAUAGUUGAUGAAAAUUCUGAGAUGGCAAAUGAUCAAGCUAAAGGACAUUUGAACAAUAUUGAAAUGCGUCUUCAGGGAUAUGUAAGAGCUAAUUUAAAAAACUCUUCCAUGCCACUUUCAGUUGCAGGACAAACACGUAAACUUAUCGAAGAAGCCAUUUCUGUCGAAAAUUUAUGCCAAAUGUAUAUAGAUUGGAGUGCAUUUCUGUGA